AUGUUUAACAUCAUCAAUCCUGAUAAUUCGUCCUCGCACCUCCGAAAGCAAAAUAUGACAGAGUUUGAAGACCGUGGUAGCUGCGCCUCGAGUAUGUAUUUGCCCAGCUGCACGUACUAUGUUUCAGCCCCAGAUUUCUCGUCAGUGUCAACAUUUUUACCGCAGAGCACUUCUUGCCAAAUGACAUUUCCUUACUCCUCUAAUUUAACCCAGGUUCAACCUGUCCGGGAAGUGGCGUUCAGAGAUUACGGUUUAGAACGUCCGACGAAGUGGCAUUACAGGAGCAACUAUGCCCCUUAUUGCUCUGCAGAAGAAAUAAUGCAUAGAGACUAUAUCCAACCACCGACCAGGACAGGAAUGCUGUUUAAAAACGAUUCUGUGUACAGCCAGCGUGGAAGUUCAAAUCCAGCUUGCAAUUUCUACACUGCAGUUGGCAGGAAUGGAAUUCUUCCUCAAGGUUUUGAUCAGUUUUUUGAGACAGCUUAUGGGAUUUCUGACUCCACUACUUAUGAACAGUUGACCGAGAAGUCCGCGUCGACGUGCCCGAGUAUCACAGCAUCUGAUAAAGUUUCUUCUGAGCAGGAGAAAGAAAGUACAACCGAAAAAAGCACAGUCGAGUCCUCCAGUAACAGUGCGGCCGACAAAAGCAAUCUAUCCACUGCUCUACGCUGCAGAAAGAAAAGAUGUCCUUAUACCAAAUAUCAAAUCCGGGAACUUGAACGAGAAUUUUUCUUCAAUGUUUACAUAAACAAAGAAAAACGCUUGCAGUUGUCGAGAAUGUUAAACCUCACCGACAGACAAGUCAAAAUUUGGUUCCAGAAUCGAAGGAUGAAAGAAAAGAAACUUAGCAGAGAUCGCCUGCACUUUUUUACUGGCAAUCCCUUAUUGUGA